AUGGCGACAACGAACGUCAGUCAACGACCUUGGCUAGAUCGAACCCCGAAAAAAGAAAACCAACCAUUCACCACAUUUUUAACGGGCAAGCAACCAGCCGGUGUGGUGCUCGUUCAUUCAUUAGUGCAACAGGAGUCGUCCCAGCAGCGCCGGCAGGCGUCAUCAAAUGACGAAUGGAUCGAAAGAAUUCUCGUCAAAAACACCUCGAGAAUAGUUGUUUUUGGCACCUGUUCCAUCCAGCUGAUCGUUUUCCCAACCACCACCCCCACCCAAACACCGUCUUGUUCCCAAUCCCCGACAAAUGCAAGCCAGCGCCGAGCCCAGCAGCUGAAGGUGGCCAAACAGCGGGAAAAAGAAUGGCUCAAGGCCCAGAGAAGUAAGGAACGGAUGGGCCAAGCGCACCUGGUCAGCAACAAACGGCACAUCACGUUCGAGGACAGCGUCGUGCUGCUGGAGGCCGCCGCCCGGAAUGACAUUACCGAGGUGGCCAAACUUCUUCAGAAGGGUGUCACUCCAGAUGCCACCAACAUGGACGGACUGACGGCACUUCAUCAGUGCUGUAUCGAUGACAACGCCGAGAUGCUGAAUCUGCUGCUAGAUUACGGAGCCAACGUGAAUGCCCAGGAUAGUGAACGAUGGACUCCGCUACAUGCGGCAGCCACCUGUGGCCAUUUGAAUCUGGUCAAAAUUUUGAUCGGCCGAGGGGCCAAUCUACUGUCGGUCAAUGCGGACGGCAAUAUGCCCUACGACAUCUGCGACGACGAGGAAGCCCUGGACUACAUCGAAGCCGAGAUGUCAAAGCGGGGCGUCACGCAGGAGCUGAUCGAUGAGACGCGGGCGGCAACCGAGACGCAGAUGCUGCUGGAUCUGCAGGACAUUGCCGUCCAAGGGGCAGACAUGGAAGUACCUGACAGCCAGGGGGCGACACCGCUACACAUAGCGUCCGCCAACGGCUACACUCGAGUGGUUGAGUUCCUAUUAGAGCAGCAUGUAUCGACGGAUGCGGUUGACCACGACCUUUGGACACCGGUACAUGCUGCUGCCUGUUGGGGUCAUCUGGAAGUAUUAGAGAUGCUAGCGCAAAGUGGCGCCGAUUUGAAUGCCAAAAAUAAGAAUGACGAAACGCCUUCCGAUAUUUGCGAAGAUCCGGAGAUUCGGGAACGGAUAGAACAGCUCAAAACGGAGCAGGAAAGUAAACGGCUGGCCGAGGCGCAGCGGAAACGGGUGCGGCGGUCCCAGAGCAACAACACCAGGGCACAAUCGGUUCGGCGGACUUCGCUGCGGGACAAAGGACUCACCACCAAGAAGGACGCCGUCGAGGAAGCUCGGUUUCGAUUACAAGCUCAAGAGGGUUACACAACGCCAGAUGGGGUGACAUCAAGUAAUAACGCUGGCGGUAACUCAACGACGACAAAUGUCAACAACAACAACCUGAACAACGGCAAGAAUGUCAGCAACGGACACCUUAACUCUGUUAACAAUAACAACAACAGCCUCAACGGUAACGGAAAUUGCACCCCGCUCAACAAUGGACUGAACAAUACUCGAUACACCAGCAACAAUAGCAACAACAAUAACAACAACCACCUAAACAAUAACAACAACAAUGCCAAUAGCAAGGAUCACAACAGCUAUCACACAACGUCGUCGUCCACCUCUUCAGCGUACUCGUCCCUCAAUCAGUACGAUCGUCGUUCGCCGGAAGGCAAGGACAACGAUUCCUACAUGAGCGAAACGAGCAGCGUCAAGUUGGGCAGCACCGGAGGCGGAAGCUCGACAACGAGUGGCAACAAGAUGCUGGCGACGACUGCCAACGGAAAUCUAGUCAGUAGCAAUAGUAGCAACAGUGGAGCGCCUGCGACAAACAUUCCAAACGCGACGACCGAAGUCUACUCGACGUCCAACAACGAAAAUGGGAAGAUCAACGUGCAGGUUACGGUUCUAGUGGAUCCAUCUGUCGCAGGAACGCUGGCCGAUCUGAAGAAACACCGGUCCCAGAAUCGAUCGAGCGUGAGUCCGGAAAAUGGGUCGCUUCUGAGUGGCCAGGGCAGUCUGACGACGACGACGACGACGGCCGCAGGAAACGGAACCGGCAACGGAGGCCAACCCCUGGAACUGGCCCUGAUGUCCUCCUCGGGAAUGGACCAACAUCACCAGCAACCGUAUCUGUACAGCGGAAACGGAAGUGCUCCGAUCGAGAAGCUCAACAACCAUCACCUUCAGCAGGUCCAGCAGCAGCAUCGAGAUCAACAGUCACACGGAAACGGGUCGCUUAUUUUGGCCUCCUCCGGUGUUGCCGGAACACGGCCGGACACUCCCAGUGGGACGCUGAAUAAGUUCAGCGGCAAUACCAGUGAUGUGGUCAGCGAUAGUACCAGGUCUAGGCGGUGCUGCGUGAUCAUGUAAGGAAAAGUUCCGGGAGAACAUCAUUGGUAAGUCAAAAGUAUAAGGGAAAAAACGAAAGGACUUGGUUAGCUAGAACGGAUUAAGCGCUGCCCUAGGAUUAGAGAAUGCAUGUUUGGAAGGGACAAGUUAAAAGAAGCUGAAAGGCAACUUAAAGUUGUGAUAUAAUCCAAUUCGAUAGACUAGUUCAUGGAAAAGUCGAAGGACUCGGUAAAAAUCCGUCGCCGUAAUUUGUAAAUAUUUGUAACCGAUAUGUAUGUAGUUAAGUGUGUAGGUAACCAAACUUAUUGAGAGAUUCUAUUUUUUCUAUUUCCUUAAAAAAAACAGACGGAAAAACUCAUGAGACCUUUUUCCAUUCACGCGAACGAUUUCGUUAGAGUAUUAGAUUUAUCUACAUAGAUCGAAAGCACCCAGGAAACAAUUCUAGAAGAACAAAUUGCUGUAGGGUAGAAGUCUACUUUUAGGCGCUAUACUUAGUUCAACAAACUAUUGUUUGCUCCCGCUCGGUCCUUAAAGUGGACCAACGCCUAAUAAAUAUUCAUCAUUAUCUUCAGUAUUCAAUUACUAUUAGCACUUAGUACGAAAUAAAAGUAUAUUUUUCUGUAAAGGCAAAACACCUAAAAGCUCACGUCUUACUUUAUAUCCUAGAAUUUCGUCUGUCCUACUUUUUUCGGCUGCAUUCAAAUGACAUCACAAUGAACGGCGGGCAGGAACUGCAGCUGAAUUUUACAGUAAAGGUGCUCAAAUUUGGAAUUGCCAAAAUAAUUUGAUUUUGCAUCCAAAUUUUGAUAUUUCUGUCAAAUUGAAAACAUUAUUCAAUAGAAAAUUAGGAAAAAGAACUCAGAAUCUGGAUCGAAACUUAUGCAAAGAAUUCUUUUCUCGGUUCAGAUCUUGCAAAAAAAAUGAGAGAAGGUAUGAAUUGUAAAUUUCUUAUUCAAAAUUUAAUUUUUCAAAUGAAGAUUCGAGAUCCAGAAAUAUAAUUCAAAGAAAAUAAUUCAAAUAAAUUUAAAAAUUCAGAAUUCAGAUUCAGAAUUCAGAUUCAGAAUCCAGAUUCAGAAUUCAGAUUCAGAAUUCAGAAUCAGAAUUCAGAUUCAGAAUUCAGAAUUCAGAAUUCAGAAUUCAGAAUUCAGAAUUCAGAUUCGGAACUCAGA